CACAAAAUGGUUUUGGUUUUUCUGAUAUGUAUCUGGUAGUUUCCGUCCUCUAAUAUUUUGCAUCUUGAUAUCUAUACCUCUUCCCGUCAAACCACAUAUCACGCCAACCAUGGUCACCGCCACAGCAACCGGCGCGGCCGCCACCUCCACAGCUUGCGGAACCUCCUAUCAAUACGAACUCCCGGUCCACGAUGCCGCCUGCGGUGUGCCCAACCAAGCCAACUACUCGACCAUCUUCGACUCGUGCGCGCUGCCGGCUGGGGUGCGGCCCUACAACAACGACUGCGCGCUAUACGCUCUUGCCGUGGAACAAUCCGUGCAGGAUCUGACUGAUUGUCUGUACAAGGGCGGAGUCGCCUGGGCGGAUGUCUGGUGCACUGGCGAUGUCAAUUCUACGGCCACUGCCACUUCCUUCCCCACGCCAACAAAAGCAAUAUCGACUUCGACAUCCAAGACCACUGAGGACACGAAAUUCUCGACCACAAAGUCAGGGACUGCUGCGACGGCGUCGGCAACGGGAGGGGCGCGUGCUGUCACCAUUACCACAAAGUCUGCGGUGGGAUUAGUGGGUAUUGUGGUGAUGGCUAUUCUGUGUUAGGGUUUGGUUGCGGACAGGGAGACGCAAAAGGGGGGUGGUGUAUGUUAAAUUCAUAGAAACCCGCAAGUUGCAAUGUCCGAAUGCCUUCGAUUGUGGGGCGC